CGAAAAAAUAAAGAGCCAUGACGCCUCCGUCUCCUUUCUUCCCCCAGGCGAGGCCUUCGUCUUCCCCCAAGUGCUCACCCACUUCUAGAGGAACGUCGGCAAGGGACCUGCCUUCGUCAUCGUCGCGCUCAAUAGCGAGAACCCUGGGACCCAGCCGCUGCUAACCGUGGUUCUCGGCUCCAACCCCAAAAUCCCCGUCAAAGUUGUGGCCAAGGCCCUUCAAGCCGAUAACAAUGUCAUCACUUAGCUCCAGUCCAAGUUCAAAUGAUCAUAAUACCAUGUGCUUAAAAAAUGGGGGUCACCGGGAAUCGAACACAAGACCUCUCGGUCACAGAAGGCGCUGAUGCCAUGUCAAGAACCAGUUGAUCCCAAUAACUCGAGUUGUUGGGAGAGGUUCAAUUGUGGAUCAUAUACCACAACACUAACACGUCCCCUCAAACGAAAGCCGACUCAUGGGCUUGAAGUUUGCACAGGCCCGCCAUACCAUGUGCUUGAAGACAACUGUUAAUAUUGGGGGGUCGUGGAGAUUCGAACACACGACCAAUUGGUAAAAUCAGCUCUGAUACCAUGUCAUAAACCAGUUGGUCCCAAUAAUUAGGAGGAAAUUAAAGGACAAGGUUUUGAGUAGUAUGGUUUCAGAAAGAAAAAUGAAACAAGAUUGGAAGAGGUUGUGUGAAUUAAACUGAAAAGUUGGUUGAGUGGAGUUUUUUUUAUGAUUCCAUAUAUUAUGUAGUGCACAAUAUUACAUUAUAUAUUAAGCGAAGUCGUUUCAGCAGGAGCUCAUCGAGCCGGUUUUUCGCCCAAUGCUGGAGACUGGAGUGGCUCCGCGAGACCGGCUCGUACCUGAUGGUGAAUGCUUACCCAUUCUUCGCUUACGAAGCAAACUUCGACGUCAUCUAGCUGGAAUACAUACGCUCUAUUCCGGGAGAAUCCCGGCAUCGUCGAAGCCGGCAGCGGGUUGAGGUACUUCAGCUUCUUCGAUUCCCAGAUCGACACCGUGUUUGCGGCAAUGUCGGCGCUAAAGCUUGACGACAUCGAGAUGGUGGUUUCGGAGACGAGAUGGCCGUCGAAGGGCGACCGGAGCGAGAUCGGCGCCAGCGUGGCGAACGCGGCUGCGUACAACGACAAUCUCGUCCGUCGGAUCUUGACUAUUGGAGAAUAAAUCAAUCAUAUUAUUUAUUUUUUUAAAUUUUAUUAAUUAGGUAAUAUGAUAAAGUCAUAUACAUAAAGUAAGUGGAAUAAUGAGGUGGACAAAUAAUUUUUUUUUAAUAUCCACGUCCUCUAGUUAACGGUCAAAAUUUAUAGUUGACUGCCAUAUAGGACAAAUUUAACAGACUGUAACGGUCGGUGACUAACGGUGAAAUGAUUCGUAAAGUUAGUGGUAAAUAAGAAAGAAAAGUAAUUAAGAUGGCAAACAUGAAAGAUUUGUAUAAUUCGAGUGACCAAACUUGUAAUUUAGCCUAGUGAAAGUUGAUAUUUAUUAGUUUUGAGGGUUGACACGAGAAAGCGACUUUAAGCUAGGGAUGGCAAUGAGUCGGGUUGGGUGGGGUUUUGCCAAAUCCAAAUCCAAACUCAUGUGUUUAUCCGUGAAAAAAACCCGGGGUAAAACCCACUGGGUUUGAAAAACUCAAACCCAACCCAACCUGCUGGGUAUCCGCGGGUUCAUGGGUACCCACGGGUUUUUGUCGUAAAAAAUUUACAAUAACAAGUUCCUAUCAAAAUUAAAGUCAAAUAUCAAUCUCUCAAUACAAAAUAUCCAUAUAUAAAACACCAUUCUAGAAAAUUCAAGCAAAUUACAAAUUAACUAUACAAAUUAAUCAACACCAAUCUAGAAAACUCAAGAAAAUUGAAGCAAAUCACAAAUUAUCUACAAAUAACAUGAUUAAUUGAAAGCUUCUUCCUUUCAAUUAAGUUUCUUCACUCUCUACUAGAUAACAUCAACUUCAUUCUACACAAUUAAAAAGAAAAAAUUAGACAUGUCUCGACAAACAUAAAUAAGAUUAGUUGUUUCGAAUAUUAAAUAUACCGAGAAAAUUAAUUAUAUGGGUGUGGGCGGGUACUCAUGGUCGGGUUUACCUAAACCCAAACCCAACCCAACCCGAUGAAUAGUGAACGAGUUUAAACCCAAACCCGACCCAAAACCCGUCAACACGGAUUUUACCCGCGUUGACCGGGUUGGAUCGGGUGAGUACCCAUGGGUUCGGAUUUUGUUGCCAUCCCUACUUUAAGCCAUUAUAUGGCCCACCUGCCUAUCUAGUCAAGAGUCAAUGUUCAACCAAAACUUCUCUCAACUUAGCGCAUUUUGGUCAGACCAGUUCCACACUUUUAAAUUUAACGUGUGUGGUAAAAUUAUUUAAGAAGCUUCAUGUUAAGGAAAAUAGUUCUUAGGAUGUUACUAGUAUUUCCAUCAACAUAUUACGAUGCAUUUGAGUAUUUACGCGUUGGCAGAAACAUAUUGUAUUUCAUUCCUUGAAUUUAGCAUUUCUCUCAAUAUUUUUGAUAUCAUGACAUUUCUUCUUGUCCAACACCUUAUCCAUUUAUGUUUGAAGUUUAACUAGCAAGUCGAAGUUGAACCCUAUCCCCGUUGGGAGCAAAACCCAAUUAUCGAAUACUCUGGACAUAGUUUCGAUCUCUUUCUGAGUUAAAAUGCUCCAAAAUAAGAACCAUAUUAAGCAAUAAUAUAAUAAUCCAAUAAAGGAACGAAAUAAAAAUCGACGCACAGACCCCGCUCAUCGGCCGUGGCGGAUCCAGGGCUGGGCCAGCCCCGGCCCAGCCCUCUUUCGGAUCCAGAGUUAGUUUAGUGCUUAUAAAAUUUUUUGAUUUAG